UACAUUUUGGUCGGUUCCAUUUCCUAUAACUCUACCUGCAAACUCAAACUUAUAACAACUUCUUCACCAAUUUCAUUCUAUAAAAUCAAACCAAACCUAUCUUUCAAUUUUCAAACCAUCUUCAUAUCAUAUUAUCAUCAAAGGCAAGGUGUAUGCUCUCUUCAUCAUUCUCUUAUUCUAUUUGCAUGAUAUCAAAUAGAUACUAGAAGUGAGAAUUCAUAAAGAAAAAUUCAAAAUUAGAGAGAAUAUCAACCAAAACAACAAAAUUUUGCACAUAGGGGAGACCAACAAUAACAACAAUGAGAGACAAAAGAUGAUUGAAAUUCCAUUAAAACAAGAAGUUCUUCAAUCAAAGGAUUCAACUACUUCAUCAUCAUCAUCAUCAACAUCACAAUGGUUAAAACUAAAGGAUCCAAGAAUUGUGAGAGUAUCAAGAGCCUUUGGAACAAAAGAUAGACAUAGCAAAGUAUACACAAUAAAAGGGCUAAGAGAUAGAAGGGUAAGACUUUCAAUUCAAACAGCAAUUCAUCUUUAUGAUCUUCAAGAUAGAUUAGGGCUUAAUCAGCCUAGCAAAGUUGUUGAUUGGUUGCUUAAUAUAGCUAAGGAUGAAAUUGAUGAACUUCCUCCACUUCCAACACCUCAAGGAAAUUUCACCCUAGGUUAUCCAUCUUUUGCUAGUACUAUUUCUAAUGAAUAUGUUAGCCAAAACAAUACUUCUAUUUGGAAAUCAAAUUCAAGACAAGGGUUAGGAGAAAUUGUUACUAACAAAGAAAAUUGGAUAGAUAGAAGCGAAAAGGAGAAAGAGAAAAAAGUGGAGAGUGAUAAUUGUGAUUGCGCGCAAUAUAUUGUACCAAACAAUCUCUUAUCAGAUUUAGCGUCUGACCGUACUUCUAAUGAAGAAAAUCUACGAGAAAUUUCUCAAAGAAAUAAUCUCUUACAAAGGGGACAUCAGCCUUCUUUCUUGGGAUUGUUGAACACCAUGCCACUUGGUUGCCAAUUGGAGCCUUCAUCUAAUCAUGUUGCUCAUGAGUUAUCAAAUUUUGGAUUUGUAAACCAUAUUAAAGAUAUAGAUGGAAUUAAUGUUGUACCUUUUCCGUCAUCGUCGUCAUCAUCAUUGUCCUUGUCUACACAACAAUAUUUACCUUCUUCACAUGUUGGUGAAAUGGAGAUGGAUACAAGAGAAAUCAAUUACAACUAUGAACAAAUGAUGAAUUCAAGUUCUCUCAAUGCAACUCAACUAUGAUCUUGCAUGGAUGGUGAUCAAGAAUGUGAGAAGUUCAUAAUUAGUUUCAACAUAUAUAUUUUUUGUUAUGGUAAUUUUAAAUUAAAAAGUAAUUCCCUUUUAGUUAUAAUUAAUAUUAAUGGUUUCAUAUGUGUAAUAAUCUAAAGAUAUAUAUUAAAAGGAGCAACGACAUUUUUCAAAUGUAAGAGCUUUGUUUGAAUUGAUAAUGACUUAAGAGAAAGCAUGCUCACAUAAGUUAAUUUACUUUAUUCUCUCUCUACAUUGAGUUCAAAUUCAAGUCAUUCCACUAAGAAAACAUGCCACUAACGACCAAGCUAUAUGGAUUCCUUGCAAGUACAACCAAGUGAGGCAAUUGAGACCGUGUAGUGCUAAUCAAAUAGUGACAACAGAUGUCUCAUAAGUCUGCUGGCCAAUUAGAGUUCACAUUCAGAAAGCUAUAUAGUUCUUCAUAUAAAUUCUAACUCGUGACUCAAGUUAAGAUACCACUGGAUGAUGCGGUUGACCAUGGUGUUUUCCACUGCACAGUGUGCAUGUUGCGGUUGGUUUUACUAUUUGUUUUGCAAAACUUUUUUGGGGAGAUUUUUAGGGUUGUCCUCUCCGCCUUUUUAGACAGAGGUGGAAGGGCGGUGAUACAACGUGGACCAAAGA